CUCCUGACCACCUCCGUCUAUAUAUAUAUAAUAUAUCUCCCGUUACAAGAGACCACACAAAGCACUGUAUUAUUAUUUAUAAGACGACCAUGCCCAAAUCAAAGAAAGCGCGGAUCCCAAAUUCCCAUAACCCACCACGUGGCGAUGGCAAUGGUGCCCAAUCCAAGAAAGGGCGAAAAAUGCACACUUUUUCCAAACUAUCUACAUCGUCGGGCAAAUCGAAUGGCAACAACAACGGCAAACAAAAAAAUCAGCAGCAACGGCGGCCAGUCAUACCGUUUGGGAAAAGAGAUCGGAUUUUACUAAUUGGUGAAGGGGAUUUUUCCUUCGCCCGUUCUUUGGUCGUCCAGCAUCGUUGCAGAGAUGUCCUUGCUACCUGCUACGACCCCAAAGCAAAACUCUGUGAGAAGUAUCCGCAGGUGGAGGAUCAUCUGAAAGACAUUCUCACCGGUUUCUCUGGUAGAAAAGGCACCGAUGAACAGGAAGAAAAUGACCCCAAACAAAAACACCGUGGACCCAAAGUCCUUUUCUCAGUCGAUGCGCGGAAACUUGGUCUGCCUACUGGCGGUGGAAAGGAUAUUCGCACUGGUUUCCCACGACCGGAGCCUAAACGCCCUGCAUGGCAUAAGCAUAAUAAUCAAUCAUCUUCUACCCCCAAAGGUGGGCCCUGGGAUUUAAUUUGUUUUAAUUUCCCCCAUGUUGGUGGUCUGUCGACAGAUGUGAAUCGCCAAGUUCGGGCAAACCAAGAGCUCCUUGUGGCCUUUUUUAAGGCAUGUGUGCCAUUAUUGUCAUUACCCCCUGAAAUCCACGAUGACGAUGAGGAUUGGGAGUUCAGUGAUGAGAGUGACUCAGAAGCCGACGAGGAUAGCGAGGGAAGUGCAGCUGAGAAUGUCACGGAGCAAAUGAAGAGCAAAAUCAGAACCGAGCCGGGGCAAAUCCUAGUGACUAUGUUCGAGGGUGAGCCUUAUACACUGUGGAACAUUAGAGACCUCGCCCGGCAUGCAGGUUUACGUGUUGUCACUAGCUUCAAGUUCCCGUGGGCCUCUUACCAGAAAUACUCGCAUGCGCGGACUCUAGGCGAAGUUGAAGGCAAACACGGUGGGAGAGGCGGCUGGCGAGGAGAGGACAGAGAAGCAAGAAUGUACGUCUUCGAGGUGAAGCAGGACGACGGGCAUGGUGUCACAAGGAAUAAUCGGAAUUCGAAGACAGGUGUCAGUGCCAAAAAGAGACCAAGAAAUGAAUCCGAUAGUGAAGAUAGUGAUUAA